AUGAGCACUUCCUCCCCAUGUUAUUGUCCCGGGGCCAUUCCUACACUGGGCAGCUCCCUGCAAAGUCAUUUCUCUGUAUCGGACACCAGUUGCUCUGCGAUGGCGUCGGUCUCAUCCCACAGAGAGGUCAUCUCAGUCCACGUGGGGCAGGCGGGGGUGCAGAUUGGCAAUGCAUGCUGGGAGCUGUACUGCCUGGAACAUGGGAUCCUGCCAGACGGGCGACUGAUUGGAGAUGAAAUUGUAAGCGAAGAGGAUGAAUCUUUCAGCACUUUCUUCAAUGAGACGAGUGGGGGUAAAUAUGUACCCCAUGCCGUGUUUGUGGAUCUGGAACCAACUGUCAUAGAUGAGGUUCGGAAAGGGGCCUAUCAAAAGCUGUUCCACCCUGAGCAACUCAUUACGGGCAUGGAGGACGCCGCCAAUAACUACGCACGUGGUCAUUACACCAUUGGGAGGGAGAUUGUUGAUCUUGUGCUGGAAAGAAUCCGCAAGAUGGCGGAUCAGUGCACUGCACUCCAGGGCUUCCUCAUCUUCCACAGCUUCGGGGGGGGCACUGGCUCUGGAUUCACCUCCCUGCUGAUGGAACGUCUCUCUGUUGACUAUGGAAGAAAGUCCAAGCUGGAAUUUUCCAUCUAUCCAUCUCCUAAAAUGUCCACAGCUGUGGUGGAACCCUACAACUCCAUCCUCACCACUCAUGCAACCCUGGAGCAUUCCGACUGCGCCUUUUUGGUGGAUAACGAAGCCAUUUAUGACAUCUGUCAAAGGAACCUGGACAUUGAACGCCCAACCCACUCUAACCUGAAUCGCCUGAUUGGCCAGAUUGUGUCCUCUAUCACAGCCUCCCUCAGAUUUGAUGGAGCUCUGAAUGUGGACCUGGCAGAAUUCCAAACCAACUUGGUGCCAUUCCCUCGUAUCCAUUUCCCUGUAAUUUCCUAUGCGCCGGUUAUCUCUGCUGAGAGAGCUUACCAUGAGAAGCUUUCCAUAGCCGAGAUAACCACUGCUUGCUUUGAGUCAACCAACCAGAUGGUGAAAUGUGACCCCCGUCAUGGUAAAUACAUGGCUUGUUGCCUGCUGUACCGAGGUGAUGUGGUGCCCAAAGAUGUCAAUGUUGCCAUUGCUAGCAUCAAAUCCAGGCGUACCAUCCAGUUUGUGGACUGGUGCCCAACUGGUUUCAAGGUUGGUAUCAACUACCAGCCCCCAACUGUGGUUCCGGGUGGGGAUCUGGCCAAGGUACAGCGAGCUGUGUGCAUGUUGAGCAACACCACCGCCAUUGCAGAGGCCUGGGCUCGCCUGGAUCACAAGUUUGACCUUAUGUAUGCCAAGCGUGCCUUUGUGCACUGGUAUGUAGGGGAGGGAAUGGAGGAAGGGGAGUUCUCUGAGGCCCGCGAGGAUAUGGCCGCCCUGGAGAAGGAUUAUGAUGAGAUUGCGAGUGAAUAUGUGGAAGAGGAGGAUGGGGAAGAAAUUUAGGACCUCUGAAGAGGAGGUUUUCACAUUUCUAGCAACACUAUUUCAGUGCACCUUAACAGGAAUGUAAACCCCCAAUCAAAUGAAUUGCCGCAGUGCUCAUCUGAGCACUUUUGUUAUUUCGGGUUUCUUUUAGUUUUCAAGAUAUUAGCAGUUUUUACACUAUUUAUAUAAUGCUCUUGCACAAACAUCGCCACCUGCUGGCAAAAGAACAUGAAUUUAGCAAAGGAGAGUAUUCUGGUACCGCUUAGAAACGGCCAGUGAAACAUCUGAUGACUCUUCUCUUCUAGCUUUCUGAAGAAGGACGUGGAUUGAAUCAGCAAUGGAUGACCUGGGCCUAUUGUAUGGUGGUAGAACACCUGACAGGCCAUACCAAUCAAUCUGAGGGGGUCCAGUAUGUGUAUUUUACAACCAUUAACAAUAAUGCUGGGGAUUCAGAUUAUUAAUAUACUGUAGGUACUUUCUGUUGACUUGAUAUAAUAAACAUUUGCUGUGAAUGUC